AUGGCUUUGCUUGAUGGUGGGAUGCUGAGGAGGCAAAAGAGCUGGGUGAAGGCUGAGCCCCCUGCAAUAAUUGUAGCUACUGUGGCAAGCUUGUGUCAAAUGGUUGAGAGGCGUGCUUUCAGCCUUCAAUCCAUGAGAGUACUAGUUAUCGAUGAGCGGCUUGCAGUCGUCAAACCAUAUUCGCAAGCGCAUCGAUCCUUCAGCACAAUCGCUUUGUGCAUGACUUCGUACAGCAUAAGUGGACCAAGAUUGAUGUGGUUCAUGUUCAUGUCAACCCUGUACAGCCUAUGCCUUCACAUCUACGUCACAAAUAUGUGGAAGUCAAGGGAAGAGGUUUUCCUGCUCAUUUCGACGGACAUAGCAAGCCGAGGGUUUGACCUUCCUCAAACCAGCCACAUAUACAAUUUCGACCUUCCUAAGACGGCGACCCACUAUCCGCAUCGCGCUGGAAGAACCGGGAGAGAACCAUUCUCCAAGUUGGAAUGUGGCGUGACAACCCUCAUUACAGAGGAUGAGCAUUUCGUGUUGCAGAGAUUUCAGAAUGAGCUCAAGUUCCACUGUGAAGAGCUGCCCCUUGAGUCGCUGUUGACUUCUAACCUGUGAUGUUUAUCUUGAGGCUGAAUGUAAAUACUAGUUCUUUCUUCUUGUUUUACGGCCCCAAAUCCAUUUUUUCUGGAUAUAUUUAUGAAAUGAACUUGAAUGGUAA